CUAUUACAUGAAUUACCAGGGAGUAAAUACAAUAACAGGCGGCUGAUAAACAGAAAAAUCGAUUGCUGUCGAAGGCUGACCUUGGGGAGGUGUGUGCUGACUGAUAUUGAGUCACAUUCCCACCGUGGAGUUGUUUAAACACAAUUUCACAAUGCCUCGUCUAUCGUUCAUUACUGGUGGGAAAAAGCCAAAGCCGAUUUUACGCACUGGGACUUUUAGAAAGCCUCGACGGCUUCAAGGACAAGACUACCACACCUUGAUAGAGAGGUGUUUGAGGAGUAAGCAGUUAUUUCACGAUGAAGAUUUCCCAGCAGAUUUAAGCUCCAUUGGAAGUGGAACUCUUUUGCGUAAGGUCCCGCCAACUUUUGAAUGGAAAAGACCACAUGAGUUGAUGAAGAAUCCUCUGUUCUUUACUGAAAAUGUGAGCAGGUUCGACUUGCACCAAGGACUCACAGAAAACUGCUGGUUUUUAGCUGCUCUGGCAUCACUUACCCUGAACAAAGAUAUAUUAACUAACGUGGUGCCUCAAAGCCAGAGCUUUCAGAAAAGCUACGCAGGGAUCUUCCAUUUUAAGUUCUGGCGAUUCGGGGAGUGGGUUGACGUGGUAGUGGAUGACCGUCUUCCGGUAGAUGAAAACGGCAAGCUCCUGUUUGUGUCUUGCGUCAAAAAGAAUUUGUUUUGGGGAGCACUCCUGGAGAAAGCUUAUGCUAAGCUAUGUGGCUCCUAUGAAGACAUGCAGAUUGGUCAAGUGUCUGAAGCAUUGGUGGACUUCACCGGUGGCGUGAAUCUUACCAUAAAAUUGGCGGAAGCCCCCCCAGAUCUGUGGCAGAUCAUGAUCAGGGCAGCAAACAGUGGGUCCUUAAUGGGAUGCCAGACUCGAUCCGGACCUGAAAUGGUUUUGGAGAAUGGAUUAGUCGCAGGACACGCAUAUACUGUCACUGGGAUCAGAAAGGUGACCAGCAAAUCAGGAUCCGAAAAUUUAGUGCGAUUACGAAAUCCAUGGGGAAAAAUUGAAUGGAAAGGAAACUGGAGUGACAGAUCUCACAAAUGGGAUCAACUCGGCUUCAAAGAGAGGCUUCUACUACGAAAGACCAGAGAAGAUGGCGAAUUUUGGAUGUCUAUCGAGGACUUUGAGGCCCAUUUUGUGGAGCUGGUUAUCUGCAAGUUGACUCCAGACUUGAUAAGCCAUGAAAAUGGCAAGCAGUGGACUUUAUCCAUGCAGUGUGGAAAAUGGACCCCCGGUAGCACAGCUGGGGGGAGAAUGACCUAUACCGACUUCUACUGGAAAAAUCCCCAAUACCGGCUGAAGAUUUUCCACGGGGAUGAUAUGGAAAAGAGCACAAACUCUUGUGACGUACUGGUGUCCCUUCUUCAAAAGCAGAAUAACAAGCACAGAAACCAGUCGCCCCCCCUGUUCAUCGGGCUGUCUAUUUUCAAGGUGCCUCUUGACUUUCAGGGAAUAGGAAGCCGGCUGCCCCAGAUGUUCUUCCUUACCCAUCGCCCAGUCAACAAUAAAUGUGUUUUUAUCAAUGAACGUGAAGUGACUCAGGACUUUCGCCUGCUACCUGGGUCUUAUGUUAUUGUCCCUUCAACAGCUGAACCUGAUCAGGAGUGUGAAUUUAUACUCCGAGUGUUUUCCAGAAAGCACAUUCUAGAAGAACAAGGCGAGAACCCUCAUAUUGUACUGUGUUGCAAGAAAAUUGCCGACAAACAGGAUGACAAGCUCUGGGAAAAUAUAUUCACCAAAUAUUUUGAAAAACAUCCAGAAAUAAGCGUAAUUCAGCUCCAAAUGCUCUUAAACAAAGUGACCUGGAUAAGUACAAAGCAAGCAUCUGUAAAAUUCAGCUCAGAUGCCUGCAAAGUGAUCAUGGCUCAGCUUGAUAUGAAGACGUCUGGCACACUAAACAUAGAAGAAUUCAGAAGUUUAUGGAAGAGGCUUCUCUCUUAUCAGGAAAUAUUCCAAAGGAGAGAUAAAGACAGAUCUGGAUUUCUGACACUGAUUGACCUACAGGCUGCUGUGCAAGAAAAAGGUAUUACAUUAAAUCAUCAAUUCUACAACCUCAUGCUGCUACGAUAUGGCAACUCAUCUUUGAAAAUCAAUUUUGAAAAUUUUGUCUGCCUUAUGUUGCGGAUGGAGAUUAACGGAGAGGUAUUUCAGAAUUUAAGUCAAGAUGGAAAAGGAAUUUAUCUUCAGGAGUCAGAGUGGAUGUUGCUGACGUUGUACUCCUGAGAAACACCAAUCAACCUAUGAACAGAUUGUAUGUUUUCCUUGACCCAAGGAGAUGGACAG